AUCGAAAUCCAUCCCAUCGUGCGAUUCCAAAAAUGUUCGAUCGAACCUACGGGAUUGUUGUUGACAUUGCGGACGUGUCUUAGAAUAUUUGUUUGAAGAUGAGAAGGUUUGCGAUUUUUGUAUUUUUAUUGAUUCAGUUGAGUAUCUGUUUGGGCGGGAAGAUAUUGGCCGUAUUCCCUAGUACGAGUAAAACGAACUACAUCUUCGGUCAAGUGCUAUUCGAACAGUUAGCUUCCCGGGGACAUCAGAUUACAGUGGUAAGCCCCUAUGAAGUGCAGUACGAAAGUGAAAAUGUCAAACAAAUCAAACUGACGGGAAUGUUUGCCCACCUUGAAGACUAUGGCAUGAACACGAACAUUUUCACCAAAUGGGACCGAUCAAGCUUCUACGGAAAUAGCCACUUGAUCUACGGGACAGCAGCAAUGGCAGACUUUACUUUGGGUCAUGAGAAAGUUCAAGAGCUUCUUAAAAACACAACAGAGACCUUUGACCUACUUCUGCUAGAUCAAGUUCUCUCCGACAGUCUGCUAGGUUUAGCUGUGCACUAUCAAAUCCCAGCUAUCGUGUACAGUUCAACGGCUGUCAACAAGUUCACCAAUGAAAUGGUGGCCAACCCUCACAACCCGGCCUAUAAUCCCAUCAGCUCCCUGGGAUACUCGGAUCGAAUGACGUUCGAGCAACGAAUGUGGAACACCUUCGUUUCGCUCAGUGAACAGUUCAACUACAAGUACCUGUACCUUCCCUCUCAGGAAGCUGUGUAUCGGAGGCAUUUCGGAUGCCGAAAUCCACCUCCACUGCUGGAUAUAAUCCACAACGUUAGCUUGGUACUGGUCAACUCGAAUCCGAUGAUCACCUACCCGAGGCCGAUGGUCCCUAGCAUGAUUGAGAUCGGAGGUCUUCAUUUGAGGAAGAUUGAGGAUCACGGGAUGUCUGAGGACGUCAUCAACUGGUUGGAAGCAGCCAAGAACGGUGUGAUCUACUUUAGUCUAGGGACCAAUACCAAGUCAACGGAUCUUCCGGCUUACGUCCGGCGAUCUUUCACCGGUGCUUUCGCACAGCUCCCGGGUACCUUGAUCAUGUGGAAGUGGGAAAACAUCACCCUGGAGAAUCAAACCUCAAACGUAAUCAUUGGUCCCUGGAUGCCUCAGCAGGAACUGCUAGCUCAUCCCAAUGUACGACUUCACAUCACCCAUGGGGGUUUGAUGAGUAUGAUGGAGACGGUUCAUUACGGUAAACCUUUCCUAGCGAUCCCUCUGGUCGGGGAUCAGGAUUACUUGGUUGAUCGAGCUGUUAAAGCUGGUUACGGAUUGAAGUUGGACUAUCAGAACAUCACAUCGGAAAUUGUUUUGGAAGCGAUCAAAACUAUCCUGGAAGAUCCAUCAUUCCGGGAAAAUGCCCUCAAGGCGUCGCAACAAUUCCGGGAACAGCCAAUCAAACCCAUGGACAGAGCCAUCUACUACAUUGAAAGCGUACUCAAAGGGAGCUUAAAUGUUUCAAAUCUACGUUCCGGAGCGCUGGAGCUAAAUUUCUGGGAACGGCACAUGGUCGAUGUGGCGUUGUGUUUUGUAGGGCUUUUGCUGCUACCAAUCGUUUUGGUUGCUGGCUUGAUUCAGAUAAUCCUGAGGAAAAGCCACCAGUGUAAGACCAAUGCAAACUUGCAAAAUAAGGACAAGAGUAAGGAUGCCAACAGGAGAAAUAAAAAGACUAACUAA